GCGUGGCACGCGCGACAAACCGGUGGAAGGCGCGAAGGCAGAGAGUGGCAGGCACGGACGUUUUGGCAGUGGGGAAUGAGAAGGAGAUUGAACAUGACGGUCUUUCCCAAGGGAAGGUGCGAACAAAGAAAACGGGUCUAGAGACUGUCGAAUUGCCUGCCUCUGACGUGCAAGACUUUCUGCUUCUCUGAACAUAUAAUCUUCCUUGUAGAAACAAAACAGGAAGGAGUCGUAUGUGAGGGACAUUGAGGAAGCAUCGGCUACCAACAUGUCGGAACAGCCAUGUACCCCGUCGCAUGCUACUGGCACGCCCAAGGCCGGCCGUAGCAGCGACUUUACGAGCAUGCAGGCCGACGACAUUGACGGUAGAGUGGCUACCAGCCAUACCGCGACCCAGCUGCCGUCAAUCCACACUCACCACCUUCGCGACCUGUCGUCUGAUCUCUCUUCUUCUACCUUCCAGUCAUCCUCUUCUAACCCAAACGCCCUACCCUUCCGUCACAACCACGCCGCCAGCGCCGGUCUCCAGAUUCGAACUGACCUCCAGCCUAUUGCCAAUCGCAAGAACACUCAGGCCGAUACCUCUGACUCCUUCCGUUCGUCUUAUUCGGCCGCCUCUCCGUUGCUGACACCAGCGAUACGCCAUAACCUUUCCACCUCCAGCUUGAGUCCUAACUCGGCUCUGGCUUCGCCCGCUCUGGCUGCAAUGCUUGACAUUACUCCGCUACCCUCACCCAUUAUGCUCAACGAUCCCAAUUCGCCUGGCCCGUGGAAGAGGAUACGAAGCGCUCACUUUGACCACACCACUAUACCCAGACCCCCUUCGAGGCUCGGCUCCUCCCCGCCGACGACGAGUGCUCUGUCCUCAAUGAUGCCUCCACCCGACUCACCGCAUAAGAAAAAGAAGGGUUACGGAAGUUUGAUGCACGCUGCUGUGGAAGGUCAGACGGCACAAAACAUAGACUCGGUCAUUCGCAAGCAACAUAACCGCAACCGAAGCAUUAGCGACUUCGUGCCGGAAGCUAUGCACAAUGUGAGACCGAGGAACGUCACGGUUGGAACGGCAGGUCUGCAAAUCACAACGACGCCGCCGAACGAGCAGCCCAUGCAGAGAGAGCACUAUCUUGCACAGCAGCGUGGAUAUGUCCAACCUUCGGCGUCUUCAGACGACGAGCGUCGGACCCAGGAUCACCCUCACACACAUACGACGGGAAUGAUGAGAGCGUCUGUGGACUCGGCAAAGGUCCUGCCGUCACCCCCUCCUUCAAGUAAAGGCAUGCUGGAUGGAGAGAACGGCGACGAGGAUAUGCAGAGUGUGGGUGGAGCCGAGGACCCGAGUGUCGAGUACUUCACCGUUCGAUCAGCACAUCAAGACGGCAAGAGAAGAUGGCGUGCGGUACGCUCUCUCGGCCAGGGCACAUUCAGCAAGGUCAUCCUAGCCACGUCACAACACCUGCCACCGAACACACCAUACGACGAACAGCAUCUGAACCCGAGGAAACUGGUCGCUGUCAAGAUAGUCGAGCAUGGUCCAGCCGGAGGUGCUGACGAGGAACGGAUCGAAGUGUCAUUGAAGCGAGAAGUCGACAUUCUGAAGAGCGUGUCACAUCCUUCAAUAGUGCAGCUCAAGGCUCUCGAGUAUACAAACGAGCGAGCCUUGUUGGUCUUGAGCUACUGCCCCGGAGGUGACUUGUUUGAGCUGGCCAGUGAGCAUCGCAACAUUCUCCGCCCUGACAUGGUUCAGCGUAUGUUUGCCGAGCUGGUGAGCGCUGUGCGUUACUUGCACAAGAACUAUAUUGUCCACCGCGACAUCAAACUCGAGAACGUCUUGGUCGUACCCGCCUACAACGCCCUCUCACAACUCGAGAACCCUCAAAGUCAUCCCUACCCGCUCAUCUGCCUCACUGAUCUCGGUCUCUCUCGCCGCAUUCCAGCUCCGCCAGCCUCACCACUUCUCACAACCCGCUGCGGCAGCGAAGACUACGCCGCCCCAGAGAUCCUCCUCGGUCAACCGUACGACGGUCGCAGCACCGACGGCUGGGCUCUAGGUGUCCUCCUGUACGCCCUCAUGGAAGCACGUCUUCCCUUCGACUGCCCACCCGGCAAACCAGAACGAUCGCGUCCUUCCCACCGUAUAGCACGCGCAGACUGGAUGUGGUGUAAAUUUGGAGACGAAGAUGGAGAGAUGGGAAGGAAGGGGUUGGCGGAUAUUGAAGACAUGGAGUGGGUCAAGGCUGGCAUACAGGUGGAUGGUGGCUUGAUGGCCUUUGACGACACGGAACCGUUAUGAUCGUCGUGAGUUCGACACCACUACACGACGACCAACCUGACGACCACACUACAAGGACGAGUCUCUCGACCACUAUCCUCUUGAGAACGACAUUCUUGGACGAUCACACAUACAACCUUUUUCACGAAAAACACACAUCGACACGACAAUAUAUAUACGAGUCCAACCACACGCAGCAAGCUUUGGACAAUGAGUACACAUAACAAACCUGGGGGGG